GCCGCCGCCUCCUCCAUUGUGAGCCGGGGCCGGGCCGAGCCGCUGCUGCUCCCCGGCGGGGUCUGUGCGGGGAGAGACCGGCACGAACCCCCCGCCCCGCCCCGGGCUCUGCCCGCACCAGCCCCCGAGCCGGAGCCCGCAGGGGCCGGUUACCUUCGAGCAGGUGGCUGUGUUUUUCACCCAGGGGCAGGGGGCUCUGCUGGACCCCGCUCAGAGAGCCUUCUACAGGGACAUCAUGCAGGAGAACUAUGAGACGGUGACAACGCUGGAGGGUGUUGGGAUGGUGAAUGAGAAGGAGAAUCCACAGAGGGAAGGUGGUGAGGACAUGGGUCUGCAGGGAAUGGUAUUGGGAAGAUCCGAGGGGAAUUUUUAUGAGACUCACAAACGAGGAAAAACCAAUGGAAAUCAGUGCAGGUCAGAGAGGCUGCUGGGGUACGACCCAGGGAAGAAAAGGUGUGAACCCAUAAAUGAUGGUGGAGAUUGCAAAGACCUCAAGGAAACCACAGCCCAGCAGAGAAUGCCCAUAAAAGAGAGAAAAUACACAUGCACCGACUGUGGGAAAAGCUUUAUUCAGAGGUCACAUCUUAUUUCCCAUCAGAGGAUCCACACUGGAGAGAAACCCUACAAGUGCCUUGUCUGUGCAAAAGGUUUCAAUCAGAGCUCAAACCUUAUUUCCCAUCAGAGGAUCCACACAGGAGAGAAACCCUAUAAAUGCCUUGACUGUGGGAAAGGUUUCAAUCAGGGUUCACAUCUUAUUAGUCAUGAGAGUACCCACAGAGGUGAAAAACCCUAUAAAUGUAUGUACCGUGUGAAAAACUUCAUUCAGAGCUCAGAUUUUAUUAGGCAUGAGAGAACCCACACUGGUGAGAAAUCCUAUAAAUGUCUGGACUGUGGGAGAAGCUUUGUUCUGAGCUCAGAUCUUAUUUCACAUCAGAGUACCCACACGGGAGAAAAACCCUAUGAGUGCCUGGACUGUUGGGAAUGUUUUAAUCAAAGCUCAUACCUUAUUUCACAUCAGAGAACGCAUACAGGAGAGAAACCCUAUAACUGCCCUGAGUGUGAGAAAACAUUCAAUAGGAACUCAAAUCUAAUUUCACAUCAGAGAACUCACACAGGAGAGAGACCAUAUAAGUGCCUGGACUGUGGGAAAAGAUUUAUUGACAAGACAGCCCUUAUUAAACAUCACAAAAUCUAUACAGGAGAGAGACCCUAUAAAUGCCUUGACUGUGGGAAAAGUUUCAAUCAGAGUUCACAUCUUAUUCGGCAUAAGAUAACCCACACAGGGAGCAGCCCUAUAAAUGCCUGGAAUGUGGGAAAAGUUUUGUUCUGAGCUCAGAUCUUAUUGGGCAUGAGAGGACCCACAGAGGUGAAAAACCCUAUAAAUGUCUGGACUGUGGGAAAAAAAUUUUCUGAGCUCAGUUCUUAUUUCACAUAAGAGAACGCACACAGGAGAGAAACCCUAUAAAUGCCUUAAGUGUGGGAAAACAUUCAGCUGGAGCUCAAAUCUGAUUUCACAUCAAAGAACUCAUAUAGGAGCGAGACCGUAUAAGUGCCUGGACUGUGGGAAAAGGUUUAUUAACAACUCAGCCCUUUGUAAACAUCAGAGAAUCCAUACCUAUAAAUGCCUCGACUGUGGGAAAAGUUUCAGUUGGAGAUCAAACUAUAUUCGACAUCAGAGAAUCCACAUGGGAGAGAAACCUUGAAUGUGGGAGAAGCUUCACCUGGGGUCAGUUUGUAUCAGGCAUCAGCAAACUCAUACAGAGAAUAGACCUCUUAAAUAUCUUUAACAUGGAAAAUGCUUCAAGUGGAAUUGACAUUGGAGACUCCACACAGGAGCGAAAUUCUAUCAAUUCCAUUCCUAGGACUGGCCAUAGU